CCUCUCCUCACCUCGCUACUUCAUUUUGAGCAACUCAUCAAAAUCUUAGGUAUUCCAUGGCUUCACUCCGUUUGCUUCCAAAGGUUGGAGGAUCCCCAAAUAUCAGCAUAGGAAAGGACGGAAUCAAAGCCUCGCUGGACAAUUCUAAGCAAGAAGAUGCUAAGACACCUGAUAAUAAUGCUCCAGCUGUGACUCUCCUGCCCCGCUAUGUAGCAGUAAAGAGCUCUGGGGGCUACUUGAGGCUCAACUUCAAGUCGAGCGGGGAGGAUAACACAAAGCGUCCCUACUUGACUUUCUCGGAACAGAGCAAGUCCCGGUUAGCAACUCAUCAAAUCCUGUACCUGAAGAAAGAUACUGUGUUCUUACGUGCAGCAAAUGGAAGAUUCUGGCGUGUUCUUCAGGAUGGUGGCUGGGUAGUUGCUGAUCGAGAGGGCACACCUGCAUCCACCGAUACUGACUGUCAGUUUGAGGUGAAGCAGAUCAACUCAAACACUUAUUCGUUCAAAUCGGUGCUGAAUGGGAAGUAUCUUGGUGGUCACACCGUGAAAAACCUGGAAAGGGGAUUCAGAGCUUCUGAUGAUACGUCCAAGGAGAGCUUGCAAGUGACUUCUGCAGAAGAUACUGCACUCACACUUCCACGCUAUGUCAUGUUCAAGGGCGGCAACAACAAGUUCAUGUGCGUGCAUGCUGAACGUGGGCAGGAAAUCUGGCUACAAUUCAACCUCGAGAACAAUCCGGACCUUUACGCGGCUUUUGAAGUUGUCCCUACUGUGGAUGGUAAUGUAGCGAUGUGCAGCAUCAAAAGGGACCGCUUCUGGAGGCUAAGUCCCAAUUGGAUAUGGGCCGACAUCGAACGUUCCAAGGCACUUACCACUCCGGCGUGUUUGUUCGAGCCUAUCAAACUCAGCGAUAAACUUGUAGCCUUCCGUUCGACAGUCAACCAAAAGUUGUGCAAGCGCUACACUGAUUAUUGGGUGAGUUCCCUAUGUGCCAUUGCCGACAGCAUCAACGAUAAAGAGACCCACCUGGAAGUGAGCAAGGCUGUGUCGCACACAAGCAUAUUUGAUGUAAAGUAUCUGCUCGAGUUGGCCGAAGUGCGGGAGAUUGAAGCCCUGGUGGUUGGCCGCAGCUACUUGAAGAACGACGGUGAAAAGACGGCAGAUUUACAAGCGCAGGUUACCUUGUCUCAAACACUGACCACCAGCCAAACGUGGAGCACCUCUGACACCUUUUCUAUGAACACAAGCGUGUCUUUAACCGCUGGGAAGCCUGAAGUUGCAAGUGCUACGUUUACGCUGACUAUUGGGACUGAAACAACAAAGACCUACGAAUUUGGUAAGGCCACUCAGAACGCAAUCCAGUUUCAGUCCACAGUCACUGUCAAAGAUGUCAAGCCAAAUGAGAAGGCGAACCUAACCUUUGAAUGUACUAAAGCUAAGUGCCGAAUUCCUUUCACGUACAAGACCAGGAGCACUCGACUGGAUGGUGUUGAUCUGCCAGCAACUGAAGAAAUUGAUGGUAUUUUCGAAGGUGUCCUGGUAUACAACGUUGGAGCAAGGAUAGGACGUGGAACUAAGUUGUCUUCAGAAGUUGGAAAUAAGUUGUCUUUAGAAGCUGGAGACGUUAUCUCUAUCAACAUAGAGACUGGAGAGACACGGAAGGAGGAAGAAUGGGUGCCUAUGGAAGUGACAGAAACUCCUAUUGGUGGAUAAAUUACAGAGAGCAGCGAAACAAAUAAAGAGAAAUAAAAGCUUUCCUCUGAGUGCUAAUAAAACAUUUCUUCAUUUACUUUC